AUGAGGCCCGCUUUUAAGCUUCUCCAACGAGGGGGCUUCCUCAAACGAACGUUCGAUGAGUUCAAGUCUGGCACUCACAAAGUAUUUAGCAUGCAGGGAGUGACUGGGAACUUCGAUGAUAUGGAGAUUCACUCCUUCCGCCAUCCAUCCUCCUUAGAUGGAAUAGUUACAUUCUCCGACGCCGAUAUAGGCGGGUUUUCUAAGGCUAAGAUGGACCUUGAGCCAUUCCCAGCCGAAGAAGGAGAGGAGAAGCAAUCUUAUGGCCGUUUUCACGGAAACGUCUCGAUCGAGCUUCCUCCAGACAGGCCAAAUGUUCAACGGUCCGGGUAUGCUGCAUGGCGUACCGUUGAGCGUGGGCGGUCCCUGUUUGGCAGGCCAUACUGGAACAUCGACCCUUAUGCUUUCUUGGCACUAAGAAUAAAGAGUGAUGGGUCUAAGUAUUUUAUCAAUAUACAGACGGAGUCAAUAGUAGAGUCAGAUCUUCAUCAGCACAGGCUGUUUUCUAAAACUCCGGGAGAGUGGGAGGUUAUCCAUAUUCCGACCAAUGAGUUUGUAAGGACAAAUCAUGGCCGAGUGACCGAACCGCAAGGAGAGAUGCUUAGGGAGAAGGUUAGAACCAUUGGCAUCGGGCUGAUUGACCGUAUCCCAGGGCCCUUCGAGCUUUGCAUUGAUAGAAUAUGGGCAACCAAUCAUGCUGACAGUGUUCCUAUGUCUAAACCACAUUGGCAAGUACACAAAUCACCAAAAAUGAUAACAGAUAUUGACUAG